AUGCAGUUCACAACUCUCGCUCUGGCCACACUGCUAAGUGUUGCUCAAGCCGUACAAGUCCAUAAAGUCGAUGUCGGAAAAAACAUGGCCACAAACGAGACUGGCCUAAAAUUCUACCCUGAUAAGAUUGUCGCCCAGAAAGGCGACAUGGUCCAAUUCCAGUUCUGGGAUGGCAACCACAACGCCAUGCAGACGUCCUUCGACCAGCAGUGCCAACCCAUCUCCCGCAGCAAUGCCAACGUGACCGGCUUCGACUCCGGUUUCCAACCUGCCAAGGCUAGCAUCGAAAAGGGCAUGAUUCCCGUCUAUACCGUCAUGGUCAACAGCACCGCGCCCAUCUGGGUAGUUUGUGUGCAGGGCCGCCAUUGCCAAAACGGCAUGUCAAUGGUCAUCAAUGAGAACACCAGCGCAAACGGUAGCCGGUCUCUGGAGAACUACCGGCUCCUGGCCAAGUCUGCACAAGGCGUCACCCCUGGCGGUGGUCCUAACGGCGGCUCCGGCAGUGGCGAAGGAGGAUCAACUACUCCUGGCUCUGAAAACAUUCCCACCCCUGUUGGAAACCAGUCCCCAACACAGUCUGCUCCGCUUAGUGCUGGUAUUAACCUGGCUGUACCGAGCACCCUACUGAUAGCCCUCGGUGUUGGAUUCAUGUUCUUGUAA